AUGAUGUCAUUUCACCACCAAUUCACAACCAGAGGUCCAGAGGAACCUAGUGGUCAAGAAAUUAAAGAAGUUCUCAGAGGUAUUGUAUGCCGUAUCGAUUUCAAUAUUGCUAAAUAUCCUAAACUAUUUGUUCACGCCUGUGACUUCUCGCCCCACGCGAUUGUCCUUGUUAAGUCACAUUUGGAUUUCAAUGAAGCCCAAGUCAAUGCUUUUCUUUGUGAUGUUGUGACUGAUGAUCUCUGUGACAUAAUGAUGCCUUCUUCUAUUGAUGUCGUUACCUUGAUUUUUAUGUUGUCUGCAGUUUGUCCAAAGAUGAUGCACUUGAUACUACUGAAUGUCAAGAAAGUAUUAAAGAUAGCAAUCGCUUUGUGUUGCUUGACAUAGCCAUAUUUUUCAUGCUCUUUCUUUCUUUUUUUUGAAAAUUGCUACGAUGACAUAUUAUAGCGUUCUCAAU